AUGAGUGAUAAGGAUGUUCGUAACAGGCAUCAAAUACACAUCAACUUAAAUACCAAGGUGAUCGAGAUGGUUGUUACGCAUUCUCCAACCUUGAUCGAAGGUGCUGCUGUGGUAAUUGAGAGUGGCUCAUCCCAUUGUCCUGAAAUUAGUUCGAGAUUGAAAAAUUAUUCGAAGGGUAGCUCAAGUAAUUUUGGUCAAGUUGUUGAAGAAACAAGAGCCGCAAUUGAAGAGGAAGCAAGUCAAAAAAAUUCAUUGGAUGAUUGGAAAAAUAGUAUAGAGGGUGUUGGUCAGGAGUUCAUGAAUGUGGAAACUCUACGAGACACGAUUCGCAACUAUUGCAUUGCAAAUUGCAGGAAUUUUGUCUUCGUGAAGAACGAUCGUGAUCGAGUUACUGUAGAAUGUGUUUAUGAUGGUUGCGAAUGGCGUAUCCAUGCUUCUCACCUUGGGAAUAGUGAAAAGUUUACAAUUAAAAAAAUGCACUAUAACCACACUUGUGGAGGAAGAUUGCAAGUGCGGUCUCAUCCAAAGGCUUCAAAACGUUGGAUUUUGAAAAUUGUUAAAGAUCAACUUCAAGAUAUGCCGUUAUAUAAGCCGAGUGAUAUUGUAAAGGAUAUUCGUCGACAAUAUGGUGUUGAAUUACCGUAUCAUCAAGCUUGGCGUGGUAAGGAGGUGGCUAUGAUGGAUCUUUAUGGUAAUAACCGGCUAUCUUAUGAACGGAUUCGCUGGUAUUGCGAUGCCACUCUUCAGACCAACCUCGACAGCAUUGCAGAGUAUGAAACAAUUGAAGGUCGAUUCAGACGUCUAUUCAUUUGUUUUCAUGCUUCACUAAUGGGUUUCAUAAAAGGAUGUCGUCCUCUGAUUUUUAUGGAUGGCACAUUUAUAAAGCAUAAGGAUGGAGGUGUACUGCUUGGAGCCACUUCCAAAGAUGGAAAUGAUGAUAAGUUUCCUAUAGCUUAUGGUGUUGUAGAUACAGAAAAUAGACAUCAGGGCAUUAUUAAAUUCGUGCCGAAGUACUUUCCUGAUUCUUACCACUCAUAUUGUAUAUGUCAUGUGAAAGAAAACUUAAAGAAUCAGGUCCUCGUCCAUUAUCGUGCAGCUGAGAGAAAGAGGCUCAUUGAUUUACUAAAUGCUGCUGCCUAUACACCAAGGCUUAGUAGUUACCUUAUCUGGGAAUACAGUUAUGGAGUUUCUGGGAACACAAUAAAAGAAGUUUCUGGGAACACAGUUAACUUUUAUGGAGUUUCUGGGAACACAAUUAUAGAGUUUUUGGGAACACAGUUAACUUGUCUGGAAACAUAG